GUUUUGGUAAUGAAACGGAAUUGGUUGCGUCGUUGGCUAUGCGAAAUUGCGAAUUGACUCAGCGCACUCGUGUCCGUGUCUCGUCUCGUCCAGACCGGCCCCGGCGCGCAGGUGGGCAGUGUGCUUUAAUAGCCGCAGUGCUGGUGUUGGUAGAUGCCCGGAUUACGAGGAUUUUGGGGAUUCGGAGCCGGGGUUGCGAUGGCUGCGUGUUGAGACGUCUUCUUGGCAUCUCCAGACACGCCUUGCAAGCAAAGCAAGAAGGGAGUAAUUGGCUUUCAGAGUUGUGUUUUGGGUUUUCUUGAAUUUCGAAGCUUUGGCGUUGGUGGAGAUUGGCAUGAAGGGAAAGAGGGGGAAUUUCGGUCUUCUUGUGUUGAAUUCUUCUUCUUCUUCUGAUUAUUUUGCAGGUUUGGUUCGACGGGUUUGGAGAUGGGGACCAAGGAGAACAGAUAUUUUUUCCCUCUGACGAGUUUGCAGAUUGGGGAUUUGCAAUCCUAUCUUUCACAGUUAACUAUUUUUUUGGCCCCUGAGAGCAACAAGCUCUUUAUCCUAGUUGACAAUAGACCAUGGUUGACUGACCUAGACACAAGGCCUGCUCAUCUAUGGCAAUUGAUGGUUACAAAGUCUCGAUUGUCUCCUUUUGCAAACACCAGGGGAAGGAGGAGAGAGGGAAAGGGCUUCACAACAAAGUUUAAUUUAGGGGAUACCUCAACUGAGAGAAAGGAUGCUGGGCAAAAACUCGACUUUGGAGAUGGCUCAAGACCUGCCAAUUUGAAGGGGAAUAGGUUGUAUAGAUGGUUUUCCUUGAUAGAUGCAGCAUUAUACCAAGAGAAAGCCAUAAUACCUAUGAGAAAAUUAAAAAACUCCUUUCUGUUGAAUAAAGAGUUGCAUCAUACUCUGUAUGGUUUUAUUGUUUUUGAAGUGGCAUGGUCUCAUGUUCGUGGUAUCAACUAUUUGAAUGAAUUGCAGACUGACACCUCUAUGGCAUUGGAGGCUAAGUCUAUGAAAAGGUGGGAAUUUGACAGUGUUGAACAAGCUGCACACCACAUUUCUUCAUGGUUUUCAGGAACCUACCUUGAGCGGUUUCUCUUGCAGAAUUUUUUGGAUAGUAUCUAUGUCGUAAGUGAUGUCUUUUAUGAUGCUCAAGAAGAUAUUGUGGAGAACCCUUGUGAAAACUCUGCAGAACAGACGAAUUAUUAUAAUCAUGUCCUUGUGGAGAGCUUCCAUUCUGAAGGCUCUGGCAAAUCUAUGGUUGAUUUUGGAGAAACAGAACACACUAUGAACUCACUUUACACACCACCUCCGGCUACUGGACCUUACAAGAGAAGAAAAAUAAUUAAAUCAACAAGCAUUGGAAGUGAAUUAGAAGAGGUUUCUGAUGAAUCAUACAGUGAAAUAGUGAGCUCUCCAAGAUAUUCGAUGCCUUCAUCUCCUAGUUUCAGCUCAAAUAGUGAAAAUGAGUUGUUAAUUUUUUAGUCUACCAAUUACAAGGAUGUCUUAAUUCUUUUUAGAUUCAAUGAUCAUGAUUUGCCAUUUAGAUUGAAGGACAUAAUCAUGUCUGAUCUGAGGCUUCUUACUUUGUUGGAAUAUGGACUUCCUUCUUGGGUGACUUUCCUUCAGUCAUAUCCAGUAUUCUGCAAAAUCUAUCGGCCAUGGAUGUGCCCUUUAGCAAGGGCUUUCUAUGUUCUGAUUUCUAUUGUCACAGUCCUUAUAGGAUUUUAUGACCUUUAUAAAAAUGUCCCACUUUUAAAAGCAACGGUGGCACGCUUGUUUGGGCCCUUUUUUGAGUGGAUUGAAAAUUGGGAAAUGAUUUCAAGGAUCAGAUAUUUGGGAACAAUGUUGUUUCUUCAUAACUUUGAGAAAGCAGUCAAGUGGUUCCUUAUGAUUACACGAGCCAGUAGAUCGUUGCUUUCAGUUAUUAUGAAGCCUUUCAUUGGGCCAGUUAUGGAACUUGUAGGAUUCAUUCUUCCUUUCUGGAAUAUUUGUCUGGAAACAGUGGAGAGCUUGAGUUCUAUGUUAUUGGUCUUGUUUGGAUCUACAUGCAAUAUGGCCCUGGGCAUAUUGCAUGUUAUACUUUGGCCUUUCUGGUUCAUCUUCAGUGUCAUAUGGAAUGUUGCAACAUCUGUCAUAUACCCUGUCAUUUGGGUCUUCUGGGAGAUAUUGGUGUCGCCUUUUCGUAUGGUACUUGCUAUAGCAAGUGUCUUUACAACAAUAUUCUCCCGCACCUAUUAUAUCCUGAGAGAGACUUGGUUAUCUAUUGUGCUUAUGUUUCAGUUUGGAACCUCAUCUGAAGCUGCAUUGAGUGCCUAUGAACCAUCUAUGUGGCGUUCACUUUGGAAUGACCUCUUUUCUCAGGUUUUCCGUGCAAUUCGAAGCAUUUUAUAUGGUUUUGUUGCAUUUUUCACGACUUGCAAUAGGCAUAGGUUGAGUAUUUACAAUCACAUUCAAGAGUUCCUUCUGCGCUUAUCUUGUGCUAGACGUAGAUCAAACCGUUCAAAAUUUAUUGCUGGCUGUCAAACUAGAGUGAAAAUUCCAUUGGGAGAAAGAAAGAAACUUAGUACCAAAUACCCAUUGCAAUCACAAGAGAGACUGAAUAGGAGGAGCAGGAAGAAGGAUAAAGUUCAUAAGACCGAAGAAGAGCCAAGUGAAAGUCCAUAGGUACUGUUUUGUGUUUCCAGUGAUUGCAUUGUCCAUUCUUUCAUUUAGUUAUUUCACGUUUUCCCCUGUUCUUGGUCUCAUUGUGAAUAUUACAUUGUAGAAAACUAGGGAUGCUCUCUUCUGAAUUGUUACCAUCUGUUCCCAUGUUGUAAAAUACAUGGGUAAACCUUUUUUUUUUUUUGUCGAGAGAAAGGGGGAAAAAAAGCAAGAGGGGGAUUA